CGCGGGACCCUGGGGCUGUCCCCAGUCACCGAGGAGGAGCGCGCCCCUCGCCAUGGCUGCGCGGUCUCUCCUCCUGAUCCGUGGGGGGUGCGUCGUCAACGACGACUCCUCGCAGGAGGCCGACGUGCUGGUGGAGGACGGCGUGGUGCGGGCGGUGGGGCGCCACGUGCUGCCGCCCGGGGACGCGCCAGCCGGGCUGCGGGUCCUCGACGCAGCCGGCAAGCUGGUCCUGCCCGGCGGCAUCGACACGCACACACACAUGCAGUUCCCCUUCAUGGGCUCGCGCUCCGUGGACGACUUCCAUCUGGGCACCAAGGCUGCCCUGGCAGGAGGCACCACCAUGAUCAUGGAUUUUGCUAUUCCACACAAAGGCCACUCCCUCAUUGAGGCCUUUGACACCUGGCGAAGCUGGGCUGACCCCAAAGUCUGCUGCGACUACAGCCUACAUGUGGCGGUGACGUGGUGGAGUGACCAGGUUAAAGAAGAAAUGAAAAUCCUCACCCAGGAUAAGGGUGUGAACUCCUUCAAGAUGUUUAUGGCUUAUAAAGAUGUGUACAUGGUGAGGGAUGUGGAGCUGUACGAGGCCUUCUCUCGGUGCAAGGAGAUCGGAGCCAUCGCUCAAGUUCAUGCCGAAAACGGAGACCUAAUUGCAGAGGGAGCAAAGAAGAUGUUGGCAUUGGGGAUAACAGGUCCCGAGGGCCAUGAGCUGAGCCGUCCAGAAGCGGUGGAGGCAGAAGCCACGCUGAGGGCCAUCACCAUAGCCAGCGCCGUGAACUGCCCUCUCUACGUCGUGCACGUGAUGAGCAAGUCUGCGGCAAAGGUGGUGGCGGAUGCCCGGAGAGAUGGGAAGGUGGUGUACGGAGAACCCAUCGCAGCAGGUCUCGGCACAGAUGGCACCCACCACUGGGAUAGAGAAUGGCUCCAUGCCGCCCAUCAUGUUAUGGGUCCACCCCUGCGACCAGACCCUUCAACUCCUGACUUCCUCAUGAAUCUGUUGGCUAACGAUGACCUAACCACCACAGGGUCUGACAACUGUACUUUCAACAGCUGCCAGAAAGCUCUUGGGAAGGAUGAUUUUACUAAGAUUCCCAAUGGAGUGAAUGGUGUUGAGGACCGGAUGUCGAUAAUAUGGGAAAAAGGCGUGCACAGUGGCAAAAUGGAUGAAAACCGGUUUGUGGCAGUUACCAGCACAAAUGCAGCGAAAAUCUUUAACCUCUAUCCAAGAAAAGGAAGAAUAGCUGUGGGCUCAGAUGCUGACAUUGUGAUUUGGGACCCAAAAGCCACAAGGACCAUUUCGGCAAAAACUCAUCAUCAGGCUGUCAACUUCAACAUCUUCGAGGGCAUGGUUUGCCAUGGGGUGCCCGUGGUGACUAUUUCAAGAGGCAAAGUGGUAUACGAAGCUGGAGUUUUCAGUGUCUCUGCAGGAGAUGGGAAGUUUAUUCCUCGUAAACCGUUUGCUGAAUAUAUUUACAAACGGAUCAAGCAACGAGACCAGACUUGCACACCUACCCCCGUGAAGCGUGAACCCUAUAAAGGAGAAGUCAUCACAUUGACAUCCAGAGAAGACUCCACACAUGGGACCAGGAAGCAGGCCCAGCCCUGAGCCACGUGCUGUGGGUAAAAUCAGAGAAAAGGAUGCUGCUGUUCCCAUCCCAGUUAAAUGCUGUCAGCCCGUGGAGAAGCAAGCCUCAUUUCAACUCCCUAAGAUCCUUUUGAAAAAAUAAUCUCUCUAGGCUUCUUUGAUUUCCUUUCAGAAGCAAUUGCUGUCUUUCUUACUGUGACUUUGUUGCUGUGUAAGAUUGAAGAUAUAAAUGAAUGUUAUUGUGAGAUAAAAAGUCAGUGUGAAAAUUCAUUGACGAUACUUUAAAAUGUCAUCUUUGCUUGUACCAGAUUUCUUUCUUUGAAUUUUUAAAAAUCACUUUCCUGUUUAAAGUUUUAUAAUGACUACAUUUAUUUGAAAAUAGCUAACUCUGUGAUUUUACAUUCUAUUGUAAUUCACAAGCAUUUAGAUCUUUAGUAUAAUUAAUAAACAUUUAGAUCUUCAUUUUA